GACAAGGGAGUCACAGUUUAUAGGGUACAGUUGAUUAAGGUGUGUCAAGGUCUUUUCAUCCAAUCAGGGUGCUUUAAGGCUUCAAUGGGAUCAGUCAUUAUGCUCUUGAAUGGUCCAGCAAGCUCAGUUGACCUAAUUGCCUAUUCCUGCUUCUACUUGUUAUCAUCUUGUUACUAGAUUCAGCAACAGGCACAAUGAUAAACAAGAGACACACACAGUGCAGCACGUUCAUGAUUUGGUGAAAGAGAGGAGGUAGAUAUACAGAGAGAAAAUUACAGACAGAUAAGGAAUCAGAGAGAGAAUCACAGCUACGUAGAGGCAGAAGGCAGUAGGCACAGAGUUCUUGUCUCUUAUUGUCAAGUUUCGAGGUCCAGGUAAACGAACUAACUGAAAGCUAGCUGACAAAGGGGUUACACGUGUCAAUCGGUGUUCACUAGCCUAGAAUAAUCGAGCAGUAACGGUAAGCCCGAUUUCUCCAGCAAGUGUUCACGUCCACGGUUUAUUUAUUGCUACAAUUCCACCUUCAGCAAAAAUGCCAUUGAACAGAGAGGAAUGAUGAAUCAUUGCUGGCAGCAGUAUCUGAGUCCACCAGGAAGAGGUGGCUGAGACACUGAAUCUCUCCAUCUGCAUCUGUUACCAUCUUCACACCCUCUCAGCACAUUGAAGGAUUAACCGGAGCCCAACUAGGACAAGGGCUCAUUCUCAAACUGAAACAUCUGAAGAGAACUCCCAGGCAAAUAUUGGGGACUGGUGGUGAACAUUCAGGGGAGCUUUUGAACAGCAUCGACCACCUUCACAACACUUGGGAGAGUCUUUCCUGUUUGCUGUUCUGUCAUAUUCCAGACUCCGUGUAAGAAAGUGGAGGAACACAGUAACAGGUAUUGGAAUCCUGACUGUGAAUGGCUGUCUUAGUAAUUCACUCACUGACAUUGCGAUCUUAGAAAUGAAUUGUACUGGUCUGUGCCUCAGUACCAAGGUUACAAAUGGAUAUCUCAAUCAUACUUUGCACGUGUCCAAUCUGACUGCACCCAUCUUAAAUGGAACACCAACAGCGGGAGAUGGCACAGACUGCGAUGAUGAAUUUCUGCAGUACAUAUGGAGGGAGUAUCUCUAUCCCAAACUGUAUGAAUGGAUCUUUAUUAUUGGAUACAUUAUUGUGUUUGUGGUGGCACUUGUUGGCAAUAUUUUAGUGUGCUUCGCAGUGUGGAAGAACCACCACAUGCAGACUGUGACCAACUACUUCAUUGUAAAUCUGUCCCUGGCAGACAUUCUGGUCAUUGCUAUCUGCCUUCCUGCCAGCCUGCUGGUGGAUAUUACUGAAACCUGGUUUUUUGGUCAAACCUUCUGCAAAGUGAUACCCUAUUUACAGACAGUGUCGGUGUCGGUGUCAGUACUGACUCUCAGCUUCAUAGCUCUUGAUCGAUGGUAUGCAAUAUGCCACCCCUUAUUGUUUAAAAGCACAGCAAACAGGGCAAGGAACAGCAUCGUUGUAAUCUGGAUCAUAUCCUUGGUGAUCAUGAUUCCUCAAGCUAUUGUCAUGGAGCAGAGCAGUGUCAUUCCUGAAUUAGCCAACAAAACCCUACUUUUUACAGUCUGUGAUGAGCAGUGGGGAGAUGACGUCUACCCUAAGGUUUACCAUGUUUGCUUUUGUAUAGUAACCUACGUAGCUCCCCUGUCUUUGAUGUUUCUGGCAUACUUUCAAAUAUUUAGAAAGCUUUGGUGUAAACAGAUCCCUGGAACAUCAUCAGUUCCACUUGCGUGUAAGUGGAAGCCCCGCUCAGCACUUUGUUCAACUCACUCACAAGACGGCCCAUCACAGAGGACAUUCGCUGCUGAGAUAAAGCAGACGAGAGGACGGAGAAAGACCGCUCGCAUGCUAAUGGUGGUGCUGCUAGUAUUUGCAUUGUGCUACCUCCCCAUCAGUAUCCUCAAUAUCUUGAAGAGGGUCUUUGGAAUGUUUGAAGACUCUGAGGACAGGGAUACUAUCUACGCCUGGUUCACCUUCUCUCACUGGCUUGUUUAUGCAAACAGUGCUGCCAACCCCAUCAUCUACAACUUUUUAAGUGGAAAGUUUUGCCAAGAAUUUAAGGCAGCGUUUUCCUGCUGUUUCGCUGGAGUUCAGUCGCAUAAGAACUUCAAAGACCAAGCAAGUUCAAGAAGCCGAAAAUGAAGACUAACCCCCAGGUCAGCACUGGACACACAUUUUCUGAGCAUCUUGUCAUUGAUCCCCCAACUCCAGUCACCUCUAACCCCACAGUACAUCUAAAUAGAAGAUCAUAGGAGAGUGAUCAUAUAGAAUUUACUCUACCUGAUCACCAGUCAGUAUCAAUAGAAAGUAUGGAUGGAAUUUUCCCCUCCUUGAUGUGGUGUGGCAAUGAUGAGAAAAGUGGGAUAAAAAUUAUCAUCUCAACAUCGAGAAACUUUGUUGUGGUUUUGUCCUCCAGCCUAAAAUGGUGCAUUCAGAAUCUCGCCAUUGAAUAGUGAUUUUUCAAAAUUAAUUCAUGGGGUAUGGGCAUCGCUGGCUGGGUCAGCAUUGAUUGAUUGCCCCUAGUCCCCCUUUGAGAACAUAGUGGUAAGCUGCCCUUCUGAAUCACUGCAAUCCAUUUGGUGUAGGUAAACCCCCACAAUACCAUUAGGGAGGGAAU